GUUGUUGACGUUUCUUUCGGAGUAGUAUCCGGUUAGGAAGACGGCUAGUUUCUGUGCGGAAUCCUUGUACUCGGUGCAUUUACUCACUUUAUAUUCCAAACGACACGGACCAGCUUCACAGUUUAACAACGUGGACGCUUAUUUUCAAUAUGUUUAGUAUUCCAGAUAAAGCUGUUGUCAUUACUACGGUUCUUUAUUAGCAUAGCUAGCUAAUUGAGCUCUGACAAGCACUCGGCUGCUGACGAAAGACGAAAUACUGUCAAGCGGAGGAAAUAAUUAACUAGUUUCUUUAAAUGCUAACUCGCUGACAAUGGGAACCUGUACUAAUAGGACUCCCUGGUUUUAUUUGGUAUGUUUUUUUAAUUAUUUGAUUAAUGUUAUUUGGUAUAAGUGAAGCUUAACGGUUAUAAAGAUACUAAAAACAAGGCGGUGCGCUUUUAUGUUUUUAUCGUUGGCCUAAAUUACUAAGAGAUUAGAUUAUUUCUUUACACACUAAACCAUGGUUGUCAAUGUCAUAUUUGGCUUCAUUUAACUGAGUGGGUUUGCUUGAAUGAGGUGUAUGAAAGUCGGUAUCUUACUUGUCGCAUGGGUUCAAGUGACAACUUGGAAAGGUAAACAGGACCUGAAACUGCUUGCACUGCUCCCCCUCUCUUCUUCAUUUCUUUAUAGAAACAACAUUUGCACUUAGUUGUUGGUAGCUAAAAUUUACGAAGACAUGAGGGCACUUAAAUGUGCUUGAAAGGUGCCAUGGUGUCCAUUUGGAUGAGAACAGUGGUAAUGACUAAAUAUUUAACAUAAACUGCAGCUGAGUGUACAUUGCUGCGAUCAUCUCAACACAUCACAACAUGCCGCCUGUUUUGUGCCUGUUGAUGCUCUUCGGGGCAUUAUGGUCUUAUGGAGAGGCUAUGUCGCGGGAAGAGAAACAAAAGUUUAGGAACCAAGUGGUAGAGAUGUUUGACCAUGCAUAUCAGAAUUAUAUGGACCAUGCAUACCCAGCAGACGAGCUGAUGCCUCUGACUUGCAGAGGGAGAGUACGUGGCCUUGAACCCAGUCGAGGAGAUGUGGAUGAUGCGCUUGGAAAGUUUUCUUUGACGCUAAUAGACACCUUGGAUACUUUGGUGCUCCUGAAUAAGACGACGGAGUUUGAAGCCGCCGUGAGGAGAGUCUUGUCUGAUGUGCGGCUGGACAAUGACAUUGUGGUGUCGGUCUUUGAAACCAACAUUCGAGUCCUUGGGGGUCUUCUUGGUGGUCAUUCUAUGGCUAUGAUGCUGAAGGACGGAGGACAGCACAUGCAGUGGUACCAAGACGAGCUCCUGCAUAUGGCCAAAGACUUGGGACUGCGACUACUGCCAGCCUUUAACACCAGCAGCGGCCUGCCUUAUCCCAGGAUAAACUUGAAACAUGGCGUCAGGGGUCCAGAGACAAGAACCGGUACAGAAACGGACACCUGCACGGCGUGCGCGGGCACCAUCAUACUGGAGUUUGCUGCCUUAAGCCGCUUCACUGGGGACCCUGUGUUUGAGGACCAUGCUCGGAGGGCACUGGACUUUCUGUGGGAGAAGAGGCAGAGAAACAGCAACCUGGUGGGAACGACCAUCAACAUCCACUCAGGAGAGUGGGUCAGAAGAGACAGCGGAGUUGGAGCUGGAAUAGACUCGUACUAUGAAUACCUGCUAAAGGCCUACAUCCUCCUGGGAGAUGACCUGUUUCUGCAGCGUUUUAAUAUCCACUAUGCAUCCAUUAUGAAGUAUAUCAGCCAGCCUCCUCUGCUGCUGGACGUCCACAUCCACAAACCCCUGCUUCCUGCUCGCACCUGGAUGGACUCUCUGCUGGCCUUCUUCCCUGGACUUCAGGUGUUGAAGGGAGAUAUCCGUCCUGCGAUCGAGACUCAUGAGAUGUUGUACCAAGUUACCAAAAAACACAACUUCCUCCCAGAGGCCUUCACUACUGACUUCAGGGUGCACUGGGCUCAGCAUCCCUUGAGGCCUGAAUUCGCCGAGAGCACCUACUUCCUUUACAAGGCCACAGGAGACCCUUACUACCUGGAGGCAGGACGCACCAUCCUGGACAACCUCAACCGCUUUGCUCGGGUUCCUUGCGGUUUCGCUGCUAUGAAGGAUGUGCGCACUGGGAGCCACGAAGACCGAAUGGACUCGUUUUUCCUUGCCGAGAUGUUUAAAUACCUCUUCCUGCUGUUUGCUGAGGCAGAAGACAUUCCCUUUGAUGUGGAAGACUAUGUCUUCACAACUGAGGCUCACUUACUGCCUCUGUCUCUCUCUACAGCCCCUAACACCUCAUCCAUUCCCUCAAACAAAACGUCUGAUGAGGAGCUGGACGACUCCAACUUUGACUGGACGUGUCCCAACACCCGGCUCUUGUUUCCCGACCCCGCCUUUCCUCGCAGCCUGAGAGAACCGAUUCGAAGUGCCGUCGACAAGAGCUGUCCCCGUCCUGCCCCGUACAGGGAACCUGGAAUGAGCCGUCCUCCCCUGAGAGCUCAGGACUUUAUGGCGAACAACCCUGAACAUCUGGAGCUGCUUCGACGGAUGGGAGUCAGUCUCAUCCACCUGAAAGACGGCAGGGUGCAGCUGGUCCAGCAUGCUACACAGGCUGUGAGCGCAGUAGCAGCAGAGGACGGGGUGCGUUUCAUGCAGGAGAUGAUGGAGCUGUCGAGCCAGCAGCAGAAGGAGCAGCUGCCUCCCAGAGCCAUCCAGAUCGUCUCCCAUCCGUUCUUUGGUAGAGUGGUGCUGACUGCGGGUCCGGCGCAGUUUGGCACCGACCUCUCCAAAAGUACCACAGGGGUACGAGGCUUCGUUACUGUGGCCGAACCGUACAGCGGCUGCAGCGAGAUCACCAACGCCGAGUACGUCCAGGGCCACAUCGCCUUGCUGCAGCGCGGUCAGUGCAUGUUUGCAGAGAAGGCCCGGAACAUCCAGAGGGCCGGCGCCAUCGGAGGCAUAGUCAUCGAUGACAACGAGGGCAGCAGCAGCGACACAGCUCCUCUGUUCCAGAUGGCCGGAGACGGCCGCAGCACGGACGACAUCACGCUGCCCCUCCUCUUCCUGUUUCAUAAGGAGGGGAACAUCCUGCUGGAGGCACUGAAGGAGUACAGAGAGGUGGAGGUGUUGCUGAGCGACAAAGCCAGAGACAGAGCAGCCAUAUUCAAAGGUAAACCUCUUCCUGGGAGCCUGAUUGAGGGCAGUGUGGGUGUGCAAGAAGAGGAGGAGGACUGUCAAACCGAAGCAACGACUCCCACUUCAUUUGAACCUGUUAGCCAGUCGCAAAUGAACACAGAGGAGUUGGAUCAAUCGGCUCCUGAGGAAGUUUCUCCUGCUCAGGAGGAGGUAAGUCCUGCAGUGGAAGUCAUAAAAGAAGAGGAGGAAAAAGCCGUAGAUCCACAGGCGGAAACGGCUCAGCCUAAAGAGGAGAGAGACUCUGAGAAGAUGGAAGAGCCUCGAGGCGACACGGACUCCAGCAGCCAGUCAGUGGAUGAGCUGCUGGCUGAUUGGCGGGAAGACUUGGAGGCUUUCAAGCAGAUGGAGAAGGAUGAGCUCUGACAGUCGUUAGACACAUAUUUGCUCUUUAACUGUGGGCUUACCGCAGUGUAGGGAGAGGAGAUGGGACAUUCACACAGAGGGAGCUGUCAAACCUUAAAAGGUCUUAAAAGGUUUAUUUUACCCUCUGCGAAAGGUUUUACCUGCAAAGGCAGCGCCCCUUGCUGUAACUGUGGGAGUCAUUUGGUAGAUAAUGAGUUAAGAGCCCAUGGAUCUUACCUCACUUUCUGAAACAGUUUCUGUCUGUGCAUUCUUUUUGUUUUUUAAUGACUCGGACCAGAUCGUUUGAAACUAUAUGUAACUACUGUAUUUUCCAAUCUGUUUCUUCCUACUCUUGUUUUUCCUGUCUAUGCAUUUCUGACCAUUUUUACUCAGUUGAACUUCGUUCUCAGUCGUAAAUCCGUUGACCAACUGAUUCUAUUUGAAAGCUCAGAUUACAUGUGAUUUAACAUUUAAUGUUUUGAUUUUGGGGCUGAUCACAGACUUUCAUUAGAAUAAAAAAAAAAACUAAUUAUUAUGGGGGAAGAUUGGUAAGAUAAAUAUAUUUUUAUGGUUGUAUGUCUGACAAAAGAUCACAAAACCUAUCAUUUCUGGAGCAUAUAUACACUAUAUAUAUAUAUAUAUAUAUAUAUAUAUCUCGACAUGUAUAUAUAUACAUGUAUAUUUUGUAUAUUUAUAUAUACAAGAUAUAUAAAUAUUUACUUGCCCAGAUAGACUGACUGAAAGAAUACAGUGCUUUUUGCCCAGUCACUGACCUCCAAACAGAAACAACAUUUUCUGGACCACAUUGGAGCAAAACACGCUCUCUGCGUUAAAGCGCAACCACUGGCCGCCACUGGAGGGCGCUGGAAGAACUGAUUCUUAUUCUGGACUCUGGAAGAAGCAGAGAUCAGCGAGUUGAAAGGAUGAGAUUCAAUAAAGAUUGAAAACUAAGUUGUCUUAA